CUCCCAAUGUUGCACCGUCUCUCUCUACGGUCGCCCUCAGCUGGUCGUCCUUUUCAAACAGAGAACUUCGACCGGAUCCCACCAGUGUGGCUUUGAGCGUGGCCAAGUGCCCAAGUCAAGGAGAGAGUCUCCACCAGUUUAUUGUUUUUCUUUUUUUUCUCGGCAGUAAGCAGCAGGGUUUCAUUUUUUUUCCCCAUUUUACGACCUGUUUCCUUUUUUUUUUUUUUUAACGCGGCCAACUAAGCCUUCCAUCAGUUUCUCGGUAACUUUCGACUAAAUCAGUCGCUUUGGAUCAUCAUUUUUCUGUUGUCCGUCACGCCACAGUUUUAUUUUUGGGAUCUCAGUGUGACGGGUGUGUGUGUGUUUUUUUGCGUCCCACAACAAGUUGCUAGUGUUGCCUCACCCCCACGUGAUUAACAAUGGAAUAUUUGGUGCCAAUGAGACAGUGAUCAUUUGACUUAAACUAUAAACGCAACGAGAUAGCAUUAGUGCAUCACCUUGAGUUUUUUUCUCGACUCACAACUAAAGUAGAGUCUUUGACACUGGCCGUGACGGUAGGCAACAUCAUGGAUCCAUUGAACAGCAUCGGCAUGAGCGGCAUCGAUCCGUCUUCCCAGCUACCUACCUAUCAGAAUUACAGCGUCACUUCUAACCUACUCCUACACGGUGGCGUUCAUCCAGCGGUCAAAUUAGAGAAUGGCCCUUCAACUGUUCCAGUUCAUCCGGUCAUACCCCCAAGUGGAAGAGGCGGCGUGGUCAAGUACUGCGGUGUGUGUGGCGACAUCGCCAAGAGUUAUCAUUUCGGCGGACUGUCAUGCGACUCGUGCAAGGCUUUCUUCCGUCGUUCCAUCCAGAACGAUAACUACGUACAUUUCCAAUGCUGGCACCGUGGUCAGUGUGUCAUCUCUCUAUCCAAUCGUAAGAGCUGUCAGUAUUGCCGGAUGAAGAGAUGCUUCGCAAUCGGGAUGGAAAAGAGUUGGGUCAUGACCGAAGAAGAACGCAAAGCUUUAAUGAAAGCUCGAGCUGAGAAGAAACUCAGCAAACAAUUAGCGGCUUCAGCAACGUCGACGACGACCGGUGGCAAAUCGAUCUACAACUAUUCCUCGGAUGAUGGCGGUUCAACGACGAGUGGCAGCGACUACGAGCCGCAGAUCGAACGGAUGAUAGAUUUCCUGGCUCCGGUUGAAAUCAAGGAAAUCGAAUCGAUCGUCACGAAAUACAUGCACGCCUACCAACACGUUCCUUAUCGCACCGAGCUGCGCUUCUUCGACAACGACCGGCCCGGAGUUCAAGUCAUGGAGAUGUUUGGGACUCUGAUACGUCGGUUCGCCUUCUAUGCCCGUCUGAUGGCCGAUUUUUCCAGCUUACCAUUCCCAGAUCAGAGCUGCCUUUUGAAGGGUGGCGUCUUGGAGAUGUGCGUGCUGAGAGGCGCUCUAGUCUACGACCCAUUGAAGAAUCGCUGGCCCAACGCCAACAUGUCCAUGUACAAAGACGCGCCAGUCCUCAAGCUGGACAACAUCGGUCACAUGACGUCCAACCGCAUCUUCCAGAUGCACAUGGAAUUCAUCAACUGCAUCCAACAGAUGGGCGUCGACGAGCCGACCAUCAUGUUACUUAUCUUGAUUGUUUUGUUCACGCCCGAAAGGGCCGGCCUCAUCCGGACCAAAUGGAUCGAGAAAUACCAGGCCUACUACACGUCGCUACUGGAACGUUACAUGAGCUGGCGCUUCGGCACCCAUCGAUCGAAAUUCAUGUUCGGUAAACUGUUAACGAAACUGAGCGAUCUGCGAGAAUUGAGCGACACACAUAACCGUCACAAUCUACAGUUAGGAAAUGAUGAGAUUUCGUCCAUACAACAUCAGCUGCAGCAUUUGAAGAUCAACCCUUAUCCCGAAUGUAAAGUGAUACCGGAAGAUGUGGGUGUACCUGUCAUGGCAGCUGCCGAUCCUUCCAUCCCUGUUCAGUCUAGUUUCCCAGUAACCGACGCCGCUCAAUCCUAUUAUGCUCCGACGUCCGACGGUGCACUUCCUAGAACGUACACUAGCGGCUGCAGUACAGAACGGGAUGCCUCUGGAAGCAGUUACCUACCUCAUCAUCAGUUCCCACCGGUUCAACCUCAGCAACAUCAUUACCCACCACCGUAUCCUAGUGGCGCUGCCCAAUCGAACGAACCGUACAUUAAUCGACAGUCAUCGAGUUUAUCGUCCUCAUCUUAUCCUUCCUCAUCUUGUUGCUUAGAAGGUAACACUGGCACACCGGCAGGCCAACAAGACCCUUAUCGAGCUUACCAACAACACCAACCACAACAACCACAACAACAACCGCCUCAAAUGGCCAAUAUGGCAUUACAGUUUAUGCAAGCCAUUCAACAAUCAGUUAAUCAGGUAGUGAAUGUUCCCGAUUUCGGUUUCGAUUGGGUCAAACCCGAUUACCAGUUCGACCCGAUGGUCGAUGAUGAAAUAUUAGACGUGCUCGAUGCCAAGGCGUCGACGCAUCAGAACUAUUGCAUUUCAUCUGUCGAAGAUCCGUCUUCGCCUGAUUCGAAAUCGAGUAGCAGCAGUUGCGGGAGUAGCUACAGCGAAUUAAAUCGAGCCGAUGUUGUGGCCCUGGUGGACGAACAAGCAUCAGCUGAUGUGACUCUAACCCAGCGGACCAUGGAAGAAUUGUACGAAGCGCUGGAAGAAUAUUCAGAACUUUAUGACGGCCAUUGAUGCCCACCCCCACCCUUUUAUUUAUUUUUUAUUAUUAUCCUUUUUUUAUAACAAAGAAAAAAGAUUUAAAAAAAAAAGAAGAAACAGUAGCUCAUUAUGGUUAUUAUUUCUGGUUAUGUUUUUGUGUUUUUUCUUACGAAACCUUAUGACCAGUGUAUAUUGUAUUUUCCCUGCAGUUCAAAACGAGGUUCAGUAGCUAUGUAAGCAUUUAUCUUUUUUGAAAAAGAAAUUUUUAACUGGACCACCGAGUUGUUGCCCAAACAUUUAUCACUACCCUUUAUGCUGUAAUCACCUCACGUACCUGCUCCUUCCACUUUAAUUGUAACCUUCACUGAAAUGCAGGAUAGCUGCAAAGUGCGAUGCAUCUGAUACGUCAAGGGACUCGAACGAAAUGAAGAACAAUGUUUCGAUGGGAUCACAUUUAUAAUUGUCUUAAAUGAUUUCUUUAGGGCGAUGAACGUAAUAGAGUAAACACAAUCGUUUCCCUAUUUAAUAUUAUGAUUAGUUGUUGUUACAUUUGAAAAAAAUGUUAUCACUAUCAAUACAAUCAGUUGGGGAUGGAUUGUUGUCGGCAUGUUUUCUAAAAAUUCCGUUUAAUGGUAAACGACAUUACACCGUUAAACAGUUGAGCUAAGAGAACGGUAUACGUAUGAUGUUAUACCAUCCUUUGUAAACCCAGAAUAUUAUGCGUUUUUUGUUGUUAUUAGAUAAUACAACGUUGUCCCAAA